UUCGUGAUGAGCUGGAGCCAACCAUCUAUUAGUUAAUCAUAUUAAAUUACAGUAGUCAAAAUCGUAAAAACAGUAGUUGAGUAACCGACUUCACAGUCUAAAAAUUUGACUUGCUGACUUUUGUUUCUAUAAAUACUUGCAUAUCAAACACUAGCUAGAUAUAUAGAUACACAUUUAUUUUUUGUUGUUGCUUUUAGUAAGCAUGGGUUCGUUUAUGUCAAAAUUGCAACCUAUUAAAGUGAGUUCGGAGAUCACAAGUAAUGUAGUUUUGUCUAAGCUGGCUACUAACGAACAACAUGGCGAAAAUUCUUUAUAUUUUGAUGGGUGGAAAGCAUACGACAAGGAUCCUUUCCACCCUGUGAAUAACCCGAAUGGAGUUAUUCAAUUGGGUCUCGCUGAAAAUCAGCUUUCGAUUGACAGGAUUGAAGAUUGGAUUAAGAGAAAUCCAAAAGCUUCCAUUUGCACACAUGAAGGGAUUGAAUGUUUCAGGAGGAUCACAAACUUCCAAGACUAUCAUGGCUUGCCUGAAUUCACCACUGGAAUUGCAAAACACAUGGAAAAAACAAGACAUGGUAAGGUUAAUUUUGAUUCAAAACGUAUAGUAAUGGCUGGUGGAGCUACUGGAGCUAACGAGGCUCUCAUCUUUUGUUUGGCUAAUCGUGGCGAUGCUUUUUUAGUCCCCACACCUUAUUACCCAGGAUUCAAUAGGGACCUAUGUUGGAGAACUGGUGUACAACUUGUACCCAUUUCAUGCAAUAGCUCUAAUAAUUUCAAAAUUACUCCAGAAGCUCUCAAAGAGGCAUAUGAAAAAGGUCAACAAGAAAAAAUCAAAAUUAAAGGCUUGAUUUUGACCAACCCUUCUAAUCCAUUAGGCACUACUUUGGAUAGGGAUACACUGAAAAAAAUCUUGAUCUUCACUAACGAACAUAACAUCCAUCUUGUUUGUGACGAAAUCUAUGCUGGUACCGUGUUUGAUGCUCCACGAUUCGUCAGCAUCGCUGAAAUCAUUGAGGACGAUGGAAUUUGUGUUAAUAAAAAUUUGAUACAUAUUGUGUCUAGUCUUUCCAAAGACAUGGGUUUUCCAGGAUUUCGAGUGGGAAUUGUGUAUUCCUUCAAUGAUGAUGUGGUUAAUAAUGCUAGAAAAAUGUCGAGCUUCGGUCUUGUUUCUACUCAAACACAAAAUUUUCUAGCUUCCAUGCUAUCUGACGAUGAAUUUAUCGAAGAAUUUCUUACUGAAAACACCAAGAGGUUAAGGAAACGGCACGAGAAAUUCACUAGCGGACUUGAAAAAAUCGGAAUCAGAUGCUUAAAAAGCAAUGCUGGGGUUUAUUGCUGGGUGGAUUUGAGGACUCUAUUGAAAGAGCCAACACUUGAUGCUGAGGUGUCACUAUGGAAAUUGAUCAUAAACAACGCGAAGCUCAACAUCUCGCCUGGAUCUUCAUUUAAUUGCCCCGAAGCAGGGUGGUUCCGAAUCUGUUUUGCGAAUAUCGAUGAUCGAACGGUGGAGAUCGCACUCAAAAGAAUUCAAAUAUUUGUGGAUGCUAAUAACGAUAUUAAUGAAAAUGGAAUCGUGAAGAACGCAUCAGUGAAAGGGAAAUGAUUUACAAAUAUAGACUUCAUGAACGAAAAGUAGUACGUAUAAUAAAAUUAAUAUUAUGAGCUUGAAUAUGUUGUCUCCUAAUUUUCUGAUUGCUAAGGAGAAUAAAGAAGAAAUUGAAGUUUUUUUUUUUU